UGAAUGAGAGAGGAAAUCUUCGGUGGUCGGCUGUUUGGUAUGGGGUCAUUGAGCCGAGCAGCCCACCAAAUUGGACGAUUCCCUGUCUAACUACAUGCACAAGUACCCGUAGGACUAUCCACUCCGCGAGGUUUCUAUCACUGGUCGCUUCUAAACCACUGGAAUAAACAAAUUGUUAAUUAACGAUCGAAGAGAAAGUUAUAAUAUCUACUUGCAAAUAUCGAUUUGAAGUCCAAACUAUUGUAUCAUCGCCACUGAGGAAAGUCACUGGUGGAUGCGUGCGUCAUUAUUAGUUGUCGGAGUACUAUUCAUCCGUUUCAUCAAAAGGUUCUGCCACCAGCACCAAAGCGGACUUGAUCUCGUCGCGGUGGUUCAUUAUCUGUCAGUUAUUUCUAAAGACAAUCAUGUACGCCAACGCCGACAAGUAAAGACCUCCAAUGUCCACCUCUUGAAGACAACUGGCAAAUAUUCUCCAACUUCAUCUCCGAUUACAGCUACCUCACCAUAGGGCGCACUACCCGUGAGAUCCUGACGAUUCCACGGGCGAUCCCAUCAAGAGACAGCGUUUAAAUUAGGAGCCGCGAAUACCUAUCAUCGUCAUUGACAGCGACAACGUCUUUUUACAUAAUCUGAGAGACUUCAACCGAUGGAAGUAGAAAUCGAUGUAUUUAUUUGUAUCCAGAGCUCUGAUAGUUAAAGCGGUAACGAAUCCAUCAGGCAGAUUAGGAUGAAAUUCAUUUUCGGGGGCACAGUUGUAUUUUGCUGCAUUGCUACAAUUCUUGCUCAAUGGGAUUGCAUCAGCUUGUUAAACCAAGAAGAAUACUACGGGAACACAACUACAUAUUGCGAUAAUUAUGCAUGUGGUGACGAGUGCAGCAGCUAUGGUUUCGAUCCCGGUCCGGUGUGUGAGUUCACGGGUUAUGAUUUGUUACCUUCGUGCUACAAUGACUUUGGUGAUCAAGUGACGUGCGAUGUACCACCGUGUCAUGAGCAUGCCGGGUGUUACUCAGAGACCACCAAGGGAUCUGACUAUCGAGGCCUGGCCAGCCAUACCGAGAAUGGUUACCGGUGUCAGCCGUGGAAAGACGUCGUAGAGGAGUCCUGGGAUGCAUCCUCUUACCCCGACGCAGGACUAGAAGAUAACUUUUGCCGGAAUCCUAAUGACCGGGACAGACCAUGGUGCUUCUACGUUAACCGUGAUGGUCAUACCGACUGGACCUACUGCGCUAUAUCACCAUGUAAAACCACCGCUCUCUCUGAGUUUACACGCAUCAAAAACUCGUACAACACCGCGGUACCUGAUCCUCCGGGCAACGAGUGGAAUUCGCUCUACUUCGAUGAAAACACGUUGGAUGUAGAGGAGAAGUGCGCCCUCUUGUGUCUAGAAGAGACAUCAUUUUCCUGUCGUCAAUUUCACGUAGCCAUUGGGUCAGGUUACUGUGAGUGGUUAGAGUACGGUGAAUACCACCUCGGCAACCCGGUCGAUUACCGAUACGACACGAAGGGAGAUGUCUUUCUAAGAAUAGACACUUAUUGUGACGGAUUUUACCGUGAUGUCACUCCAAGCACAUGCAGUUUACCUCUUGGAAUGGAAUCAAGCUGGAUACCAGAUGCUGACAUCCGGGCAUCCAGUUACCUUGAUGAAGACCACGCCCCACGCUUUGCUCGUCUCCAUGGUAACUCUUCAUGGAUACCCGACCCAGCUGAUCGCGAACCAUUUAUUCAGGUCAGGUUCCAAGAGCGGAUGAUGAUCACUGGACUCCUGAUACAAGGUGGCGGAGAGAGAGACACCAUGCUCACCUCACUGUUUCAUCUAACUUUUAGUGUACCCGGAUACGACCGUUUAAUCUUUUAUCAACGAUCAAUAUACGAUGACAGUAUACAGUUCUUUUCAGGAAAUUCUGAGUCUACCUGCGUGGUCCAGGUCUCCUUUGAGAGGCCUAUCUUGACCCAUGAGAUCCAGGUCUGGCCCUAUGUACGAUCUGGUCCUGUUGCUCUUAGAUUAGAGUUCAUCGGGUGUAAAGACAAUGGCUGUGACGAAACUAUCACAGGUGCCUCCGUUCCUGCAGCUUAUUUUGAGGCAUCGAGUUUCAGGCAAUCGGGCGAUUUUGAGAGUGCUUCUGAUUUAAACCCAUUCAGAAGGGGAGAUAUUGGCUGGAUACCCGGACCAGCGUGGGAAGACCCUAACCCGUGGUUACAGGUUACGUUCCUCUCAGGGCACAAUGUGGUUGGCAUGAUGAGCCGAAAGUGUGGGGAUGAAACUCAAGGGUUCGGAUGGCUUGUAGGGACUGUGCUUGAUCUAGAAUGGGUCCCUUCUGGAAAUACAAAUAUUUCUCAACUCAACAGCCAAAAACUUAAUAAUCUUGUUCUAAACUACACUGGAGAGGGGUCACUUGCUCGACUGUACUUUAACGAUGUGAUUUAUGACACCCGUGUUGUUCGAAUAAUUCCUACAGAAUGGGGCGGAGAGUACCAGUGUUUGUCAAUGGUUCUGAUGGGUUGUGACUACAGUGAAUAUUCGGAGAGUCUUGAUGACAUAGAUCAUGAGCAACUGCUCACUGACGUAACCUGUCUUGGAUGCAAUACUGAUAGUCUAUCGCGGUGGCGUCUUCACCACUACGCAUCUGAUGGGUCAAGUGGAAUCGCAUUCCCAACACAAACUGAAAAAUGGGUUCAGAUUCAGUUUGGACGGAUUUUCAUUGUCACGGGGUUAGACACACAAGGAGGAACUGGACUGAAUAUAUCGUUUGUAACCGAUCUUGAGAGCCACAUAGACGAGUACACUCUCUCCUACCAGACAACCUUCGAUGAGGACGAACAAGGAGCUUGGAGAAAGCUCGUUGAUAUGAGAGGCGAACCUGUGGUCUUUUACGGUCUCAGAGAUCCAUUCGGAGUAACUACCAGCAAGAUCGAUCAACCCUUCUUGGCGGUCCGUCUUCGCAUUCAUCUGCGUCAACGUGAAGACGUCUAUAUGAGCAGAGUGCGUUUCCGAAUACGGGGGACUGAAUUAAUUGAUAUUUCUCAGUUGUGCACUGACAAUCAGAUCCUCUUCAGAGGUUACUGCAUCGGGGUGGUUGAAACCGAAGGCGACGGUAUUUGCAACGAUGCCUUCCUACCGGGUAGCUACCCGUUGGCCAUCAAGUCGGAGGAUAUUCAGAAUCUCCUCCUGGAGAACCGGGAGCGUUUGCCGGUGGCAAAGGAACUCGUCAUUGGCUUGAGGUCGGAUGUGGAUGGAACGUACAGCUGGCCAGAUGGCACUCCCGUACUCUACAAUAACUUUGCCCCUUUCACCGUGGCGCCGAUAGGAACAGAAGCGUGCUCUUUCAUUAAUUUCUUCAACUGUUUUGUUUGGGAGUUUUAUGACUGCACCCCUUCAGACCGAUCUACAAUAUGCCAGGGUGAUUUAAACGAAUGUUUGGUCCCUGGUCAUAGCUGUGCUCACAACUGUGUCAACGAUGAUGGGGGAUAUCACUGUGAAUGCAGAGAUGACUUCCGGCUUCGGGUUGACUUUCAAGAAUGUGAAGAUGUAUGUUUCAAUUCAUUUGAUGCUGGCUAUCUUCCAUGGGCAAACCUUCGCACGGGUACCUGCUUUCAUCCAGUCCUUCAGAUGGGAACCUUUGAAGAAGCUGUAGAGAGCUGUCAGCUUAUUUACGGAAGAUUACCUAGUCUACUGGAAGCUAGUGAUUUACAGGGCUUCUUGAAUAUCACGGAUGGUUUUCUUUGGGCAGCACCGCCUCCCGGCUUUGAAGUACCCCAGACGAACGACCCUCUCUGUUAUGCAGCCGAAUUUCCUGUCGUUGGCAAUGUAUCAGCCGGACUAUCUCCAUGCAACGGGACACUGCAGUUUGCAUGCAUAAGAGACGUCUCCAACACCAGGAUACAGGAUCUCUUGGAUGAUGACGUCAGGAAUAUCACCCUAGAUGUCUCUUUCGGGUACAUUGAAUUGCGUGCCUACUCUCCGUGGUAUUAUACAGGGACCACAAUAUCUAUUACCAUCGUUGGAGUUCCCGGACUGCAAACAAGGAUAGAUAUAUUAAACAUGGAAUUGCGGACUUUCAGCGAUGAUGUGCAAGGUAGCAGAUGCUUGGAUACACUGUCCAUCUAUGAUCCAAUGACAAAAGGUUAUCGUGAAAUAUGUGGACAUCUUCCACCGUUCCGACUCAUCAUGCCAACCGAUAUCGCAUUAGAGAUAUCGAUAGGAGAGCUUCAGGUGACCAUGGAACCCCUAGGCUUCAGUCUGUACUACGAGAUAGUUGACUGUCAGCGGGAGCAGUGCAUCACAGGAUGCGGGGAGAGUAGUCUGGUUUAUGAGGACGGCAUCCUUGGAACGUCCCCCUUUCCAUCAACCUUCUCACCAUUCAGUGAAUGCCAGGUUCGAGUAAUAGGACCGCCAGACCAAUACAUCGCUAUCAAUUUCACGGACUACAGAAUGAAUACUGUGGGGUCUAUGGACAUGUGCUCUGACCUUCUUGUGCUCUAUUCACGAGAUGAUUGGAAUCAACCUAUCGAGAGGGGAUGUACUGUUUUCCCGUCAUUUCUCAUCACAAACACCAGUCAAGUAGAUGUUCGUCUCUCUCUUGGCUUAGAAAUGUCUUCAGACGGAUUCCAAGCACUUGUCACCUUUGUUGAUAAGCCCGGGUGUUUCGAGAGCAGCUUAGACCAAUGCAUGUCUUCUACCUACGAAUGUGGCGGAACCUCGGGCAUCAUCCUAUCCCCGAACUACCCAGAACUCACCCGAAGUGUCGAGGUGUGUUCGUGGACCAUCACAACUCCCGUGAAGUCCUACAUCAGGCUCAACAUCACAGACUUCGUCUUCAACCUCGAUUGCACUCGGCAACGUCUGGAGAUUAUGGAGCAAAAUGCAGAGACAGGGGUGCCUACACAACUGGCUGUAUUCUGCAGAGAUAAUCCACCAUCGGGGAUCUUGGAGACUAAUCUGAAUUCUGUAUCUGUUGGGCUAAACAUCGAAAACCGAAUGUUCGGGAUACGGAUGUCAUUAGAGUACGAAGCAGCCUACUUUGAACGUCCUUAUUCCAAUGGCUCCAUUUCAGAUCAACAUUGCCCACCCACUGGAUCGGGUGACACAAGAGCUUGGGACUAUUUCAACGGGAACUGCUACCAAUUCGUCCAACAUCCAACUGAUCUGACAUGGGUGGCUGCCGAAGACGAAUGCACAGCCAUUGCCGAAUCGGGCCAUCUUGUCAGUAUACGAAGUAGGGAUGAGGCAAUGUUUAUCCACUACAUGCUAACGUCACAAUGGCCUGUGCAAGGAAUUGACACAUACAUUGGUUUGGGUAGCAGAACAUUUAGUGGUAUAUUUCAAUGGACGGAUGGAUCCCCGAUGACGUACACCGAUUGGUAUAUUCCACCUUUCCCGCAAGGCCAGCCGGUUAGUGAAAUUAUUAGACCCCUAAACGAGCCCGAUGGAGGUGGACUUGAUGCCUGCACGCAGAUUGAGAUUACUAGCAUCCGAUCGACUGCCUCCUGGCAUGAUAUCCCUUGUCUGGCUCGAGCCAGUAACCAGUUCAUCUGCAAGGUUCCAGCCCUAUCAAGUAACGCAGAUAUCAGGAGCAUAGUCUCAGUGCAGCCCGAAUACAUAAAUCCAUCCAGUGUUCCUAACUGCCCUGCUACGAUGAUUACAUGUGGGACUGGGGAGUGUGUCCAUAGUGUUUAUACAUGUGACCGACAUGAGGAUUGUUCCGAUGGCACCGAUGAAAGAAAUUGCCCAGAUAUUACAAGCUGUUCGUCAUCCGAUUUUCAAUGCGAUAAUGGUGAAUGCGUCCCGAUCUCCUUUUAUUGUGACAAUGUGGACAACUGUGAGGAUGGAUCAGAUGAGGAUGAUUGUGCACCUUACACCUGUAAUGAGGGGGAAUUUCGCUGUGAUAACGGCCGGUGUAUAGCGGAUAAUCUAAUAUGUGAUUUGGUGGACCAUUGCUUUGAUAACUCUGAUGAAACUAGUUGCGGGUCUUCUUCUGAGAACAUCUUUACGUGUUACAGCGGUGAUGAUCAUCCACUCUCUGUACAGUGUGAUGGCAUCGUGGACUGCAUUGGAAGUUCUGCAGAAGAUGAACUGUCGACUUGUGAAUACAGACAACUGGACCAUGGUUGUAGUGCUGAUGAAAUUGAGUGUAAUAAUGGUGCUUGCGUGAGUAGAGACUCGCAGUGCAUCUAUGACAUUGAUCCUAGUAGCUACAUCACAGGAUGCCGAGACGUGUCCCAUCUUAGGUCGUGUGAUGACUUUGAAUGCCCGGCCUAUUUCAUGAAGUGCCCCGGUUCAUACUGUGUCCCGCUGAGGUUUCGAUGUAACGGUGUCUGGGACUGUGCAAAUGGAGAAGAUGAAAUGGAAUGCAGUAGUUUCGUGUGCCCAGCAGGAACAUACAGCUGUAGACGCUCGACAAUUUGUCUUCCACCGAACCAGGUCUGUGAUGGAAUUCGACACUGUUCCGACGCUGACGAUGAGCACUUUUGCGGUGUAACAUGUCCAGUUGGUUGCAACUGUACUGGGCUGGUCUUCUCCUGCGUUCUACCAACAACUCAAGAUGAAGAUCCCUCUUACGUUUUCUCCCCGACAGCUAAAAAGAUCUCCAUAAUGUCAGUGCCUCUCAUCCUUGGAUCAGACGUUCAUACCUUAGACGAAGAUCAGGUGUCAGACGAAGAUCACAUGACACCCUCUUAUUCCUUCAAUCCAGUCGAUCAUCCAUUCCUAGCCGAAUUGGAGCUUGUGGAUGAUGAUAUCAAGACAAUUCCGUCCACAUCAUUCACCCAAAACCAAGAUCUGUACUACUUGUCUCUCCGUGAAAAUCCAAUUCAAUACAUUGAAUUUGGUGCUUUCGCCAAUUUGACAAAUCUCCGAGUAUUGGAUAUACGGGAAACAACUAUACCCAGUACCGAUGCCAUCCGAAAAGCUUUACAGGAAAUUCCGUCUCUUGAUAAAGUGUAUGCAGAUAGCUUUGCGUUUUGCUGCAUGUUGGAUCUACAUCCAGCCGAUGCGUCGGACAGCAGCGGUUGCAUCGCGCCAAUCGACCAGUUUUCAUCGUGCGACGACCUCCUGGAGCAGAACACACUCCGCGUGGCCAUGUGGAUCCUAGGUAUCAGCGCUCUGGCGGGUAACCUCUGCACCAUCGGUCUCAGGGUAUUCCGUCGGAAGUCGGUGUCGUCCACGCGAAUCCAAGCGAAAUUGAUCACCCACCUGGCCGUAUCCGAUCUGCUGAUGGGUGUAUAUAUGUUGAUCAUUGCCAUCGCCGAUCAAUACUACAUGGGGGAUUACGCAAUCAAUGCAGAUAGGUGGAGGGGUAGUGUGGUGUGCCGUAUAGCCGGUCUUAUGUCCACGCUCUCCAGUGAAGUAUCCGUCUUCAUUAUCAUGCUCAUCAGCAUAGAUCGCGUCCUUUGCAUCGUGUUCUCGCAGCAUCACCAUCUACAGUUUUCAAACAAGUCCUCUUCGGUUUGCCUCGCGGUGAUGUGGGCCGCCGCUCUUGUCAUUUCGCUGGUACCAGCCUUCCACCUGAACUACUUUGGUGAUCGAUUCUACGGCAGGUCCAGCGUAUGUCUAGGGCUCCCUCUUUCGGCGGACAGACCGGAUGGGUGGGAAUAUUCCCUUUCUAUAUUCCUGGGGUUGAACCUUGUUUGUUUCCUGGUAACUGCCCUCUGUUAUGUUGCCAUAUUCGUCACUGUUCAUCGGUCGGCCAAAAAAGUGUCAAAGGCUAAAGACACAGGCAGACACGUUAGAAACGGAACUAGUAUGCAGGUCAAAUUGGCAACGCGAAUGGCGAUGAUAGUGGGUACGGAUUUUAUUUGCUGGAUGCCAAUCAUCAUAAUGGGUUUUCUGGCAACAAGUGGAGCCGUCGAGAUACCACCCGAUGUCUACGCGUGGACGGCCGUCUUUAUUCUCCCACUCAACUCAUCUCUUAAUCCUUAUCUCUAUACCAUCUCCACCGUUUGGCAACAACAUAAGGCAAAACAGAAACAAAAGGAGUUGAGAGAAUCGGAAGGAACACAAUUAUCAGUUUCAGCAGCUGUGGUUGCAUUACCAGAGAGGGCGCCAUUUAACGGUGUUCCUCAGGAGAAGUACACCCACCUUACCACCGAAUGUAUACUCACACCUUACAACGCCCAGAACAUUGCCAGGAAUUUAGUUCCGCUAUCAAAAUACAUCGAUGAUAGAGGACAUCCGCCUUCUGUUGUUGACUCUUCGUUGAUUUUAAAUGACGUGCGAAGGGCUCUUUCUUACCUCAAAUCGAAGUCUAUUACGAAUUUCACAAUAACAGAAGAUCGUAUUGCUCUACAAUUGAACUCUAAUGAAGAAAUCGUUCGAGCAUUCCUCGUGAAUUGCGACACGGCCCUUCUCGAACCAGCCUCCUCUCCUAAAACCGACAAGAGAGGGAGUAUUCACAGAAAUUUUAUGAAUACGUUCAUGGAAAACAUUAAGGAUUUGAAUGCAGCAAAUGGCCAACCGAAUGGACAGGGAUCUUUUAGAACGGGCUCGACAAGGAAGAGAUCAACGAUAGAAAAUGCGUUAUAGUUCUCUGGUGAAUUAGUCACUGACAAUGUAUUAAAUAGAUUUCAUGGUUUGCGAUCUCCUUCGAAUCUUAUAGACUUUUAAAAUGAAAAAAAUAUACAUGUAUUAUGCAAUAUGUUUUUAUUGCAAUCCUAUGGAAUUAACGAACAUUGAAAUGAAUUGAACAUAAUACGACAUCACCAGAUAUAAUUAUGUAACGCUCAAACCUUCUUAAUUAAAGUCGGAGGAACAACAUUUUUAUGAUACGGUUUGAAUAUGCAACGGGCAAGCCGAUGGUAAAUUUUCUCUGCCUAUAUUGUAUUUUAUUCUAUAUUUUUUUUAUUCCAGCUUAAUUCAUUUAUUUCAAUUCUAGAUCCUGCUAAAACAAUUCAUGAAACAUAUUAGCAAAUAGAAUAGAGGGUGCGUUUACCAUUAAACAUUAACAAAAUAGAAGCUACAAAGCCUAAAAAGGUAAAUGUAAUCGACAUAGUAAGAAAUCAUAUUUAUGCAAACUUUUUACACCAAGAAAAUAAAAACAGGAAAAUCAUCACUGCUGAAAGUUUUUUUUUUACACGAGAGACAUUUUUUUACACAUAACUUUUGAAUAACCUGAGUCUACUUUUUAUCGGAUUUUUAUCAAAUUCUAGCCCUUUGCUUGUUGAAUUUUACUCAAUUUAUUUCAAUACUAUUUUUAGCACGUGCACUCUAUAAUAAUGUCCCCUGUCUUUGUUUUGUUUUUUGUGCGGGGAGUGAAAGAAAAGAUGGCUGAUUCCUAAAGGGGGAAUAAAACAGUUUACAUGGUUUAUGGCAAUGUGAACACAAGACCCAUAUUGAUAUUCCGAACUCGGAUGUGAAUUAAACUAUGGUUCAAAAGUAUGGUUUACUAUGGAUAGCCAAUUGUGACACAGAUAAUAGUACUAUAUCACAUUUUUUUAUUCAUCAACUCAUUUGACCCUCAUAUCCUUUUCCAAUGUCUGCGAAUGAUAACUGAACUAUGGGACAUAAACAGAUAUUUGCAUUUAUUGACUUCCCGUAGUUCAAGUCAAAGAGUUAGACCGUGUUUUAAGUAACCUAGACUUAGUUAACUUAAAAUUCUACUGGACUUCAAAAUACGGACCAUAGUCAUGAUAUGCAGGCCAUUACGUUCUAGGCAUGUAGUGAUGUAUUUCAUGCAGGUAAUGUGUUGUUUC